UCCCGCCCCGCCGCCCCCCGCAGGCCCUGGGGCCGUGUGCAACGGUGAUAUAGACUAGAGUGUGCGCCGCCCUGCCUCAUCAUUCGACCUCCGCGCGCCGCAGUGUUGGUACCUGACACUGUCCGCGAGAUCGACUCCGUAGCGACUCGACGAACAGGAUAAGUUAAGCGAAGCACAAUGCCUUUCAAGCCAGCAGACAACCCGAAAUGCCCGAAGUGCGGCAAGUCCGUGUACGCGGCUGAGGAGCGCGUGGCCGGAGGACUCAAGUGGCACAAAAUGUGCUUCAAGUGCGGUCUGUGCUCCAAGCUGCUGGACUCCACCAACUGCACGGAGCACGAGGGCGAGCUGUUCUGCAAGAUGUGCCACGCGCGCAAGUUCGGGCCUAAGGGCUACGGCUUCGGCGGGGGCGCCGGCUGCCUGUCCAUGGACACCGGGGACCACCUGAAGGACGCGGUGGAGGGAGCUCGCACCAACGGCGCGUGCAUGGAGCCGCGCGUCAUUGCCAAGGCGCCGCCCGGCAAGGGCUGCCCGAGGUGCGGCGGCUUCGUCUACGCCGCUGAGCAGAUGCUGGCCCGUGGCAAGGCCUGGCACAAGGAGUGCUUCAAGUGCGGUCAGUGCGCGAAGGGCCUCGACUCUACCAACUGCUGCGAGGGCUCGGAUGAAGACAUCUACUGCAAAGUAUGUUAUGGCAAGAAGUUUGGUCCUAAGGGCUAUGGUUACGGGAAAGGUGCCGGUGUAUUGCAAAGUGACUGUUACGCCAACGGAGGUGUUGGACAUGGGGGUAUGUCUACCCUGGGCCUUAUGUGUGAUAUAAAGGACCAAGAGUGGCAGAGCGAGCAGGCUCCUAAGACCGCGUUGAUCGACUGCUCGUCGAUCCAGGCGCCCCCCGGCAAGGGGUGCCCGCGCUGCGGGGGGCUGGUGUUCGCGGCCGAGCAGGUGCUGGCCAAGGGGCGCGAGUGGCACCGCAAGUGCUUCAAGUGCCGCGACUGCACCAAGACGCUCGACUCUAUCAUCGCUUGCGACGGACCCAACGAUGAGGUCUACUGCAAGACUUGCUACGGCAAGAAGUGGGGUCCCCACGGUUACGGAUUCGCGUGCGGAUCCGGCUUCCUUCAGACCGAUGGCUUGACUGACGAGCAAAUUGCAAACUCCAAGCCUUCCUACAACCCUGACACCACGUCGAUCCCGGCUCCGAAGGGCCAGGGCUGCCCCCGCUGCGGAGGCAUGGUCUUCGCGGCUGAACAGCAACUGGCUAAGGGAACGAUGUGGCACAAGAUCUGCUUCAACUGCGCGGAGUGCCACCGGCCGCUGGACUCCAUGCUGGCGUGCGACGGGCCCGACAAGGAGAUCCACUGCCGCGCGUGCUACGCCAAGCUCUUCGGGCCCAAGGGCUUCGGCUACGGCCACACCCCUACUCUCGUGUCGUGCGAGUCUGAACCCAGGGUUACUUAUAUGGAACAGAUGCCAUUCACCGGAGCCAAGGCGGCCAAGGGUCAGGGAUGUCCCCGUUGCGGUUACCCAGUCUACGCCGCAGAACAGAUGAACUCCAAGAAUGGCACAUGGCACAAGAGGUGCUUCUCAUGUGCGGACUGCCAUAGAUCUCUUGAUUCCACCAACUUGAACGAUGGACCCAACGGAGAAAUCUACUGCCGUGGUUGCUACGGCAGAAACUACGGACCCAAGGGUGUAGGAUUCGGAAUGGGCGCAGGCACCCUAACAAUGGCAUAAUCUAUGAAGCGGGACUUUAUAGAAUCAUAUCAAAUUAUAGCAAUAACGGUAGCCUGAACAUGAAAGGAAUAUAAUCUGAAGAAAUUCUGCUACCCCUCAGUCCUCUUACCAUUUAUUAAACUGGUUUUAAUAUUGGUUGAUGCUGAUCAUGAGACUUCUUAACACUUAGGAGCACACAAGAUUACCCUCUUGUGGCCCCUAACGCGUUAAGCCAAAUAGGUAAAUGAUAGCUGUAAGUGCUAAUAAGAUGCAAAUAUUUUAUAUGAAGAUAUAAAUUAAAGGUUACAUUCCUUUCAUAAAAUGUACAAAUUGUGAAGAAUGUGUAUGGGCCCUUAGUUUAUAAAUUCGUCAUAAAAUAUCUUAAUAUAGUUUUAAUAAUUAUAGACUUUACGUAGGCUUGUAAGAUUAUGGGUAAAUGUAAAAUAAAUUGAAAAUGCAAAAAAAAAAUACACCAAGUAAGAGAUGAAAAUGGCAUUGUGAUAGGUGUCUUUUACGUAAUGUAACGUAAAAGAUGCAAUCAUAGAUAACUAUCCUGUAAAAACGGACAAGAUUGCAAUAUUAUGCAAUCAUUUCGACCGACCAGAUCUUACCUACAGAUCUGAAGUCUACCUAUACAUAUUUUUAUACGUAAAAGCUUUUUGUUUAUAAUUUUAUACAUCAUUUAUUAGUAUUUAUCGGAAAGCAAUAAGCUAAGCUAUAUAACUUUUAAUAUUAUUUAUAAUAAACCACUCUAACUCGCUUUUAAGCUUUUGCUUUAUAAAUAACAUGCACAGUAAACAUGGAUUUUAAAAUGUAAAGAUUUAUGAUAGCUUAUUGCGUUAUUUCAUUUAAUUGAGAUCAAAUGUUAAGAAUACAUUUUCUUAAUAAAUAUAAAAACCAUUCAA